AAAUUAAUCGAAUUACCGAGAAUACAAAUAAUUUAAAAUCAAAGCAUAUUAUUUAUUAUUUUGAUUUUUGUUUAAUGUGCGCUAAAUAAAAGCGAAAACGAAAUAAUUGAAAAGUAAAAGUUCUAUGCAAAUGUCAAAUAAUAAGUCAACUAUAUAGUUAACUCCACUGCAUUCAUAACAACAAUAAAAGUACAUAAACGCAUUACGCAUAUAAUAUUGGCACGGACUAAGAUCUUAGUCCUCGAAUAUUGCUAAUCACUGUCGUUUGACGUCAACAAGAAGAAUACUUCAGUAAUAAGUAUAUAUAAUACAAAAAAGAAAAUGAAUAAAUCAAAGUUAAGAACAAAGUUUUUCUUCAGUAUUAUAAGGAGUAAAAUUAGACAUGAAUUUUUUCGCUACAAUUAUACACAACAAGCACCACAACCUAUCAAAGUUGAAAAGACGAUAAAUAAAGUCACACUUUUGGGUCGAGUUGGUGCAGAUCCACAAAAACGUGGCACAGAAGAACAUCCAGUUGUUGUAUUUUCAUUGGCUACACAUCAAAAUUAUAUCAACAAUAAUGAAGAAAGCACUCAAAAAACUGACUGGCACCGUAUUGUUGUAUUCAGACCGGGAUUACGUGACACUGUAUAUAAUUACCUACAAAAAGGUCAACGUGUGCAUAUUAGUGGGCGAUUAAUCUAUGGUGAAUUGAAAGACGAAUCUGGUACUCCUCGAACAACUACAUCAAUUGCUGCUGAUGAUAUUAUAUUUUUUAAUUCCAAAAAUUAAAUUAAUCAAUUUACCUAAAUUUAAUUUAAGUUAUACAUGUUUAGUCUAUAGAAAACAUGCUCAUUGUGUUGCCUAUAAUUAAAAUUCCUAUAAGAAUAUAAAUUUUUUUUUUAUAUAUAUAAAUGUACAUUUUUUUUACACAUAAAACUGAUCACUAAUGAAAAUAUUUGAAAUAAUAUUAGUUUUUUUUGUGAUGUUUUUUCCAUAACAAACAUAAUUAAAAAUGGUACAUUUGUUGCACUAAACAAUUUCAUACAAUAUUUCUACUAUUCAUAGUGUUAUACUACAGUGCUAUAUUAUUAUCAUAACGUAAUAAUAUAAGAAUAUUAAUUAUUAAUACAUGAGACAUUUUGUUAUAAAUAUUAUGAUACUUAGAAAUGUAUGUAAUAUAUUAUAUUGAUCUUUAAUAUAUGAGUAGUUAGAUACAUUUGCAUAUUAGACUUAAUAAUGCAUUAUUUUAAUGUCUAUGAUACCUAUUUACUAUUUAAUAAAUAACCUUACAGUUAAUUAAUUAAUUUUUAUAUUUUUUUACUACUUAUAAAAAAAUAACAUAAUUAUAUAUUGUAAUAUUUAUGUGUUAAUUAUCCAAAAGUUAUAUUUAGUAAAAAUGACUUUAAAAACUUAUAAAAAAUCUAUGAAAAUUUUAGUUAAUAAAAUUAGGUACAUUGAUGUAUUUACCAAUAAUCCUAGAUAUUUUUAACAAUAAUUUAAUUUUGUAACAUUGAUAACUGAAUACUGAUUAAAAUAAUUAACUUUAUAGUA